UACAUAGGCUUAUGUGUACAGUACACAGGCACUGUGUGUGUGUGUGUGUUUAUGUCUUUCUGUGUGUAGCAAAGAAGGGGUUAAAUGUCCUGUCAGUCUUUCAUGCAGUAGGAUAGAGGGAAGGAAGUGCUGAGAGAUUAAAUGAGAGAGGCAGGGGCUGGGAGAGGAAUGAGACAGAAGAGGCAAGACGAACAGACAGAGGGAGAGAAAAAAGCUGACAGUAAUUACAGGCAGGUUGAUUUGAUGUCACUGUUGUCUAACUCGAUGGCAAGUUAGCUGGAUACUGACAUACACGUACACUUGUACACUUAUACACACACACACACACACACACACACACACACACACACACACAUAGACAGAAAAACACAGAACUACUCCGAGUUAUGGACAGAAAUGGAAGGAAUUUCUCCAGAAAGAGAAGUUUCACAUUCGGGGCUUAUGGAGGUGUGGACAAGUUCAUUUGUGAGAGUGAGUCCCGCAGUCCAGAGUCCUUGGAACACAAUAUUUUGGAGAUCUUGGACUCACCGUCUAGUGAGACCAAACCAGUCUUAGCAGCCACAUCAUCACAGAAGGUAAAAAGGACAUUUACAUUUUUAAAAGUCUUCAGUAUGGAAGUUUAUAACGUGGUGUUUUUUUCCCAUGUUUUCACCAUGUCUUCUCUCUUGAAGGUGACAGAACUGUUUGAGAUCAUUGCAAAGCUACAGGGCAGUAGACUAGAGGAGCAGCGGUGUGAGUUUCCUCCUCCUCUCAGGCUACUGAAAAUAGGAGGGGCUCUACCGCUCGUGUUGCCCCCCAAGUCUGGUGGUUACUGGAUUGACCCCCCCUUGCAGAAGUGUGUCGAGACAAGUCCCACAUGUUCCCAGCAUGCAUUUGGCUUAGAGAGCUAUGACAUCAUGGAGAGGGACAAUGAGGCGAAGAUCUACCAACAGUUUUUCAGGCACAGAUACCAUCAUUCGUUCACGGCGUCAGACAGUUCUUUGGGACCCCUCGUCCUGUCAGUGUGUCUAGAGGAGGAAGAGAAGAGACUAAGAGUCAUCUUGAGACUAAAAGAAUGUUCUCUGCACGGAACCUUCUCAGUAUCACUGUUCCAGCAGCUCCCUACAGCUGUGGAGCUGGCCAGGAUGCUUUGUGAAAAUGUGACUGUGUCCAGAUUUGAAACAGUCAACUACCUGAAGGCUCCAGAACUCAUCGCUGCGUUCGAUGAGCACAGGGUGUCUCGCAACUUCAAGUUUGGCGUCUUGUAUCAGAAAGAGGGACAGCUGACGGAGGAGGAUAUUUUGAGUAACUCUGAGGAGAAUGAGGAGUUUGUGGACUUCCUCUCGGUUCUCGGACAGACAGUGAAGCUGCGAGGUUUCACAGGAUUCAGAGGAGGCUUGGAUAUAUCUCAUGGGCAGACAGGAAGUGAGGCCGUGUUUACGUCCUUUCAUGGAAGGGAGAUCAUGUUUCACGUGGCCACCAAAUUGCCAUUCACAAAUGGAGAUGCCCAGCAGCUGCAGAGAAAGAGGCAUAUUGGGAAUGAUAUUGUCGCCCUGGUUUACCAAGAGGGGAACACACCUUUCAUCCCCGAUGUCAUCAGCUCCCACUUCCUGCACUGUUUCAUCGCAGUGAGGAGGGUAAAGCGAGGACCAGAGGGGGAGGAGGGAGACGGGGGAGCUUUUCAGGUCGCAGUCACCGCCCGAGAGGACGUCCCUCCCUUUGGCCCGCCUCUUCCAUCUCCUCCCAUUUUCACAGAGGGCUCGGUUUUAAGGGAGUUCCUCUUGACUAAACUCAUCAAUGCAGAGAUCUCCUGCUAUAAGUCUGACAGGUUCAGCAGACUAGAGGUGCGAACCCGUUCCUCACUCCUAGAGGGGCUGCAUUCGGAACUGACCACCCGCUCCCAGUGCAUGCUGGGAGAGCCACCACCCUGCCCUCUCCCCCUGGGUGAGGGGGGCAAGGGUGCACCAGAGGGAGGUGGCGGGUUUAUCGAAAACUUCAAGAGAGCAAUGAGGGUGCGCAGCCACUCGUUCGACACCCUGGGAUCCCCAAAGAGGACAGGAGGAGGCACUCCAAAGACUAAGGUAUUCCCAAAUUCUUCUGAAAGCCAGGCUCAAUUGAACAUCCUGAGGAAAAUUACAGAGAUGAACACAUCAGAAAAGGACACAGACAGUGAACCAAGCCAGAGACCAACAGGACCUGGUCUUCAGCUCACUGACAGCCUCGCCUCCCCUGGGCAGCCGAGCCCUGAAGAAGAAGCGUAGGGGAGAAGGGACAGUAGUAGCCCUGAAGAUUACGGAUCAUUUCUUGUGUAAAUGUGUAGUAACCUUGGGAACGACUAUAGGCUUGGCCUUAGGUCUUAUGCCCACUGGCUGCGUUGCAUGUGCGUUACGGCUGCGUUACCUGUUGGUUUUCAUUUCGGCGCCCAUGUUAACAGGUUAGAGUAUGAAGCAAGGAGCAGCUCGAAAAUCAAUGGAAAAACAGGUAACGCAGCUCUGCAAAACAGCCAGUGUGAAACGGGCCUUAAGGGAGACUGGACUGAACAGAACUUGCAGAGGCGACACCUGCUGGACUGUUUGAGUAACUGUCAGUCUUCUGUGUUUUUAGUACCUGCACUCUGUGAAAGACUUCUGAGAAUGACUGUGAAUCAUCUUCCUGUAAACUGAAAUUACAGAAUGAAUAGUUCUUCUGACUACUGUUCAAGUGCAAUAUCACUUUAUGGUUAAAUAUUAUUGGUAAAUAUUAAGUUUGAUGAAGAUACAACCAUUGAAUGUUAUUGUAAUAAAGUAUAAAUGUAUAGUUA